CUGUCUGCUGUUUUAAGAAGAAACUAUUUCAAAUGCAUCAAUGAGGAACUAGAAGGAUAAGUGUAAUUCUGAUGUAAAAUGGAAAUAGGUUUGGCUUUGAGUAUCCAAUUGUUCUCGUUGUUCGCCACAAUCCUGCUAUUCACGGGAUUAUGUGAAGGCAGGUUUUCCAGUUCUCUUACUUCAGAUGAUCCAAUCAAACAAACUAGUUUCAUCAAUUUGGAGCAAAACAGUUCAUCAACUUGCAACUAUUUCUGUAAUACUACUGUAAACAACGACACUAACAAAUAUGCCCCUCCAGAAUUUACUGACCCAUGUACACCACCAGAAAUUUUAUCAAUAUAUAUGUCUACAAAUGUAGAAACAAGUGUAGAAGUGUUCUGGACGGAACCAAAUGCAACGGACCAAAACGGAGAUGUACCAAGAAUUGAUCAAGUUACUGGUGAUACGAAUGGUUCUUAUUUCAAUGGAACGGCGGAAGGACACAGAUACGACAUUGUUUACCUUGCCACGGAUAAAAAUGGGCUUAAAGACAGUUGUUACUUCGCAUUCCAAGUAUACGUUCCAGAACCUCUGGCUGUCCACUGUAUUUCGCCUCAAGCCUUCUACACAGAUUCACAACAAACAUCGGUGGCAGUAAUUUGGCAGCUUCCAACAUCAGCUGCCAUUGUUAACAACAUAGUAGCAUUAUAUCAAACCGAGGGCCCGAAUCCAGGUGACAUUUUAGAAUCGGGUCUACAUAAAGUGGUAUACAAAAUGGCAUUGAAUGAAACAAAUAAGUCUGCAGAAUGUAGUGUGGAUUUGCACAUAAAAGUUGUUACAUGUGAGCAACCGGCCUUGGUAUUUAAUGACAGCUUUAUGUUAUCCGAUUGUUCAUCACCUACUCUAAUACUAGGAACCAAAUGCCAACUCACAUGCCGGAAAAAUUUGCAGGUAGCAGGCAACUCUUUUAUAACUUGUGUUGAUAGUGGACAGAAAGAAGGCAUGUGGGACUGGGGAGUUGGUGAACAACCAUUUUGUAACGAAACUGCAUGCCCUCUGAAUGUCGAAAACCCUGUAAACGGUACAGUUAUAUACAAAAGCAAUGGUACAGUGUCAGAAAUAACAGUUGUCUGUGAUGAAGGAUUUGACUUUCAAUACCAGUUUUCAGGGCAAAUCUUGUGUAUCAACAACGAAUGGGUGUAUGAUCAAAUGCCUGACUGUGUUGCUGUGAAACCACCAGAAUAUACACUUGAGGCAACAUUGUCCUUCAGCGGACAAGGGUGUGCUGACAACGCAUUACAUUUGUAUGAAGAAUACCAAUCCGUGUUCCAAAUUCAAUUUGAAAAUGAAAUUGCCUCAAUUUGUCCCGAAAAGGAAAAUUGCAAAGUAUAUAACACACUCAUUGAAUGCACUUCUAAUACGGAUUUGACCAGUACGACAGAAUUGUCUACUUUUUAUACAGAUCCAACUAAAUCCAUUCUAGAUCCUGUCCAUAGUCAGCAGAAGAUCAUUACCCAUACAUUGAAAAUCACACUUAAAAUAAGCAUUCAAACUGAAGUAAACAAUUCUCGUGAUUCGUUUGUGUAUUACAAAGACACAAUUUCGCAAGUGUGGGAAGAUUGUCGGAAAUGGUUUGUGUCUACCGUACUUGCUGGGAUUCAAAGAUUACAUGAUUUUGAUAUAAUGUCCUGGGACACUGGCAAUCAUGCAACACCCACGUGCCAGAAAGAGUAUUUAUUAGCUGGUUUCCAGUGUAAAACGUGUUCCACUGGCUACUACUUAAAUAAAACCUUGGAUAAAUGCCAGAAGUGCCCUUAUGGAUCGUACAAAGACGAAGUUGGAAUAGCACAUUGUCAAAUCUGUCCUGAGGGAACUUCAACGACAGAUAUUGGAUCACGCUCUGUACAUGAGUGCAAAGAGUAUUGUGAACAAGGAUCAGUAUCCAUUGAUGGAUUAAAAAGUUGCGCUGUGUGUCCAAAAGGGUAUUAUCAAGAUGAAAAUGGACAGACACAAUGUAAGAUUUGUCCACCAGAAGCAACGACAAUUCUUGCGAAUAGCACAAGCGUUGAGAAUUGCACAGCGAUCCAAACGCACGGUAGAUGCAAUACGUCGUCAUGUAACGGCCACAGGUGUCUCAACAAAGGAGGAAAUAUUUCCUGUGUAUGUUCGUAUGGUUGGUCCGGUGAAUCAUGUGAACAACCAUCGGAUACUUGCAUUGACAAUAUCUGUAUGAAUGGAGCCGAAUGUCAGAUUGAGAAUAGCAGCUAUGCCUGUGAAUGCAAGGCAGAUUUUCUAGGUGUGCUGUGCGAAGUAUCAACAGUUAACGGAGGCUGGGCAGAAUGGUCAAUUUGGUCCGAAUGCUCUGUCACAUGCGGUGACGGUUCUAGGCAACGGAAGAGACUCUGCAACAAUCCACCACCAACAGAAUAUGGAAAAACGUGUUUCGGUCUAAUGUCCGAAAGUAAGAUGUGUGUCAUGGAUGAGUGUCAAGCAUGUCCAAGCUUGACAGCUACAAAUAACUCGUAUCAUCAUUGUACGGAAAAUCGUCAAUCGGGAUUGCAAACCUGUUCACUCCGUUGCAAGGAUGGUUUUAUAUUGGGGCCCUGGUUUGACCUAUUUUUGGAACUGACAUGUGGAAUGCAGACAGGUCUCACAUGGUUACCAGCAAAUUUAACUGCGCCGUGCUCUGAAUCUGUUAAACCUCAAAGUCUUCUGCUUGAGUCAAGUAUUGAGUACGACCAACUGAUCCCGAUGCAGUAUCACGACAUGGUAAAGAACUCCGUUCUUGAUAAACUGCUGCACACGGACUGUUUUAAAUCUACAACAUCUUCAACCUGCUUAGUGGAAAUAUCGUUGAAAGAAGAGCUUAAAUCGACAAAUGCAGAUGAUGAAUUGAGAAUAACAAAGAUGGAAUUGUCUCUUCAAAGAAAUGUUACACAAAAUGAAAACCUCAUUGAAACAGGUAUUUCAGCAGAAGUGGUUGUCAUGGAAAGAACCGCUGAAUAUAUGGAGAAAUUCUCUAGUGAAAUAUUCAGUUUCCACGUUGACGACACAGUCCAUAGAACUGUUCGGAGAAAUGGUAUAUGGUUUACCGCUAAUACAAAUUCCCUAAACAUCCACGGAACGGUGAUCUGCGAUAAAGGCCAGGUUGCUGUUGAAGGAAUAUGCAGUAAGUAA